GGGAGAGUAGUAACAAAGCAAGCAUAGACUAUUUUGUGUUGUAGUUCUUUCAACGCUUUGCUUUUGCUUUAUCCAUUUCACUACCACCUACUAACAAUUUCUUUACUUUAACAACCUUUGUCUUUUGUAACUGUUUUUUAUUACCAACUUAAAUACUAACAAAUGGACACACGCAAUGCUGAGAUAAGACAUCCAAAAUUCAAAAGGAUUUGUGUUUUCUGUGGUAGUAGCCAAGGCAAGAAGAGUAGCUAUCAAGAUGCUGCUAUUCAACUUGGCAAUGAAUUGGUUUCAAGGAACAUUGAUCUUGUGUAUGGAGGAGGAAGCAUUGGUCUAAUGGGUUUAGUUUCUCAAGCUGUUCAUGAUGGUGGUCGCCAUGUCAUUGGAGUUAUUCCCAAGACACUCAUGCCUAGAGAGCUAACUGGUGAAACAGUAGGAGAAGUAAAAGCUGUUGCUGAUAUGCAUCAAAGGAAAGCUGAGAUGGCUAAGCAUUCAGAUGCUUUUAUUGCCUUACCAGGAGGAUAUGGAACACUAGAGGAGCUUCUUGAAGUUAUAACAUGGGCACAACUUGGAAUUCAUGACAAGCCGGUUGGGUUAGUAAAUGUUGAUGGAUACUUUAACUCAUUGUUGUCAUUCAUUGACAAAGCUGUGGAAGAAGGAUUUAUUAGUCCAAAUGCUCGUCACAUAAUUGUAUCAGCACCAACUGCUAAAGAAUUGGUCAAGAAAUUGGAGGAGUAUGUUCCUUGUCAUGAGGGUGUUGCUUCCAAGUUGAGCUGGCAGAUGGAACAACAACUAGCUUAUCCUCAAGAUUAUGACAUCUCAAGGUAGCUAUUAGCUGUGUUUACUUGAAGUGAACGGAAGAUGAUACCAUAUAGAAUUUUGAAGGUGGAAGAAGCUAUUUUCUAAUAUCAGUAUUCUGUUGUUUUCUUUAAUCCUUUUAUUUCUUAUUUCUUAUUUCUUAUGUAAAUUACUUGGAUUUGACAUGAACCUGUUAAAGUGAAACUACUAUAUUACCUUGUUAUAAACUUUGAUUUUAUUAAAGUUGUAACUUGUAAGUAACUAAGUGUCCUCUUCUUAACUUAUUACUAUUCAAUGCUGAUUAGUAGUUUUUAUGAUUA